GGUCUGGGGUUUUUGGCCACGAGGAAUCGAUUGGCGCCGGUUUUGAAGCGCUACGGUCGAGCAGUUCGGAGUUACAGAUAGGAUAUUUUCAAACUUUAUUAGUUCGCCAUAAUGGCUAUAGAUACUUUUCUCCACUCUUAUAAAUGUAUGCUAAUGCGAACCUUACAAUUGAAAUAUUAAUUUUCGACAACUUAAACCAAUAAUAUACGAAGGAAUUAAUAAUUUAAUUGUAAGGUUCGCAUUAGUUUACAUUUAUCAAAGUGGAGAAAAGUUUAACUUUUGUGUUAAAAUCACCGUCAACAAAGUCCGACAUUUCAACAUUCAUCAGAUUUCAAGCUACAUUUUCAACAUGCAGAACGCACCUCUACAUGAAAUUCUUCAAGGAGCCGGAAUUUUGGAACAACAAGCGAUCAACUCAAUUCUACCCGCAAAUGGACAACUAGAAGAUACCGUCAUUGUCAGAAUGCUUCUCCAUUACGCCGAACAAGCUUACCCGACCGUCAAAGUUGCCGUACUUCACCCUGAAUUUGUCGCACGCUUCUACGUUACAACAGCGGAUGGCGCUUAUGAAGGAAUGGCUCUUCUCAACGAUAUCAGCGACCAGAACAAGGCUUCCAACUAUCUAUACGGCGUUCAACAAGGAUUCGACGUGCUACUCAUUCCCAUUCACAAGAGAGCUCAAAUGGAUAGAGGCGAGCACUGGAUGCUAGGAAUUUACGAAGCAAGCUAUGGAGAACGUCAACUAUUAGUCUGCGAUCCAGUCGACAAC